UUGAUUGUCUCGGAGACCAAGCGACUGUGCGGUUCACCAUCGAUUAGGAUACCGCUAAAACCGAGCAGGAUUGGAGUGUUUGAUCAAAUUGUUCAAAGUCAAUGGAAUCAGGACGGGACGACAUGGGCAAAUAGAGGAUUAUUGAUGGGAAUCAAAUGGUGAAUUCUAAUAUUUUGACAGACGCACGACAUAGGAGAAGUGGGGCUUUUGUCUGCAAACAGGAGCAAUGAUCUCCACCACGAACACCACUUGCGAAGGGUCAAGGAUUGGACAGGUGUGUUACCUGUGGAGCGCGUGGAGAGGCUAGCAGACGUGCAGCCUUGAGUUUAGUCUGAUAGGUCACCCAUAGGCUACAUGCCUUUUCUGUGUAUCUAGAUUAACCCCACACGGAUGGAUGCUAUAACCCGUUGGUGCACAAAGACCAUCAGCAUGGUGAGCAUGUCUGCCGCUCAAUGCCUUAAUAUCACCGGUUUCCACGAGUUUGUUUAAACCUGAUUCCCUCUCUCCAUCUGAAACCGUUAUUCGGUUUGGCCAUUUUAACCGGAGUACCAUGGCAAGACGAGCAACAGCUCGGUAGCUCAAUCUACCAGAGGAACCCCUUUCUGCACUUCUUUGUUGGAUAGGAUUUGUCAGCGUGCGCACGGAGUUUCAUUUGUAACAAAGGGUUUACGCGGAGCCAAGUGGAAAGAGCAGCCGAGCGCCCGGAGUUUGGCUGCGGGUUUUGGCAGCCCAUUGUCUCCGAGAUGGCAGCAGGACCGGAGCGACCGGUGGCGGAGGCGCAUAGGCAAGACCGGGACCAACCGCCUUCGGAGAACGGCUUCAUGCCGCUGGAGCAGACACAGGCCCCCAGGCUACUGCCGCGCAUCGACGCUUCGGUACUACCGUCUCUUGGGAGAUUUGGGAAACACCAAAAACAGCUAGUUGUUCUGACGUGGAUACCGGCUUUAUUUAUCGGGUUCAGCCAGUUUUCGGAUUAUUUCCUUUUAGCGCAACCAAACGGCACGUGCGUGCACCCUCUUGUUAACGGAAGUAACUGGACCCUUGGUUCUUUGAAGUUACCAGUGACCGCAACGAACGGUGGCAGUGGCACGCCCAUGCCUCACCACCUCCGAGGCAAUGGCACUCCAGACGUUGUAGGUGACAGCGGCGGCAUGCGUUGCGGAUGCACGGAGUGGAAGCUCGAGCUGCAGACGGGACUCAGUCAGAAUGUGGUUACCAAGUGGAACUUGGUGUGUGACUGGGCCUGGAAGGUUCACAUCGCAAAGUUCUCUCUCCUAGUGGGAUCUAUCUUUGGCUACCUGGUAAUGGGAGUCAUGGCCGACUGGUUCGGACGUCACCCGGUGCUCAUCGUCUCUGUGCUGUUCAUGUUGGUGUUUGGUUUGAGUGUAGCGUUUUCCUUCAACGUGACCAUGUUCAGCACACUACGUUUCUUUGAGGGAUUCGGUCUAGCUGGCCUCACUCUCUCACUCUAUCUACUGAGGAUUGAGCUGUGCCUUCCAGGCUGGCGUUUUUCCAUGACCAUGGUGGCCAGUUUCCUCAUGGUGGGCGGGCAGCUGGUGAUGCCCGGGGUGGCAGCUCUGUGCCGUGAUUGGCCGGCUCGGGAUGAUUGGCAGGUCCUGCAGAUCGUCAUUAUAUGCCCCUUUGUCCUCAUGCUACCCUACAUCUGGAUCUUCCCAGAGUCCUUGCGAUGGCUCCUAGCCACCCAACACUACCGCCGCUCUAAAGCCAUGAUGCUUCGCAUCGCCAGGAUGAACCAGGUUGACAUGACAACCCAACCCAGCGCUGUUCUAGCCGAGCUGGAGUGUGAGCUGCACAAGAAGCCAAAAAGGACCUGCAUUGUCAAGAUGACCAGCACCAGGAACCUGUGGAAGAACAUUGUCGUGCUCUGCGUCAACUCGUUGACUGGGUACGGCAUCCAUCACUGUUUCGCCCGUAGUAUGAUGGACCCCGAGGCUCCCGUGUCGGCCAUGUUUCAUGCCGACUACUACACCAUGGCGGGCAUCGCCGUGGCGACGUGCCUGGCACUGUGCCCGGCCGUGGCGUGCAUGGGUCGCCGGGGGGGGCUGCUCACCUUCAUGAUCGUCACCGCCCUGGCGUCCCUCCUGCAGCUCGGCCUGCUCAACUUGAUCGGGAAAUACAGCCUUCGCCAUGACGCAGUUCUGAGGGAUACUCUGAACAGGAAGUUCUCUGUGGCAUUCUCCAUAAUUGGAAUGUUCUCUUCUCAUGCUGUCAGCACCCUCAGCAUCUUCUUCUGCGCUGAGAUCACUCCAACUGUCAUAAGGGGUGGUGGUCUGGGCCUGGUGCUGGCUAGCGCUGGUUUUGGCAUGUUAACAGCCCCCAUCAUGGAGCUCCACAACCAGAAGGGCUACUUCCUACACCAUAUGAUUUUUGCAGCCUGCACCCUGCUGUGUAUAAUCUGCUUGUUACUCCUGCCCGAGCCGCGCAACCAACCCCUGCCCGAGAGCCUUGCGGACGGGGAGAACUACACCCGCCAGCCCCUUCUCACCCAUCGGCCUGGAGAACAGCACCUCCUCCUUACCAAGCCUGGGGAAAGGGACUCCUACUCCCGAGUCCACGACACGCCUCUGCAUCUUACGGCCACCGGGGGCGCCACAGCCGCCGUGGCUACUGCUCUGGCAGCAGUGCCUACGUCGUAUGCCUAUACAACCGGAGGGGAGCAGAUCAUUCACAGCACAGUGGUAAAUGGGGUGGGAGUGUCGUCCUAGCAGCAGACAGACGGAGGACCUGGGGAUGGCUGGAACCGUCCCGAAGUGACGCUCCCACUGCUGGUCACCGUCCUGACUGGGCUGGUCUAAUGUGUUCGUUCAGUCAGGAGGACAUGGAAUAAUCCUGCUUGUCAGAUUUUUCCAGCAGGGACCAUUUCAUUAGAAAAUUCUGAUUUCCAUUCUGAUGGGAUUAUUGGAUAAAUGACUACCCUCUUUUUAGUCUUGAGAUGCCGUCCUUAUGCAUUUUAUUUGUGAGAAAUAAUAACAUCACGAUUCCUGACAUGGGCAUUCAAGAGAACCAAAACAAUAAUAAGUAAUAGCUGUUGAUAGUUGACACCCCAUUGAUUUGUUUAAUGGCUGGGUGAUUGAUUCACUAAGCCUGUACAGACUAUUUAUGUGUCCUAUUGCGCCCCAACAUCAGAGUAUUUCACCAAUCUGUGUAUUUCCAGUUAACGGAAACUCAUUACAAUGACUUCCGUGUAUUUCUGCCUGUAUGGUAUGGAACAUUUGGGUCUUUGCGUGUCAAAAUUAACCCAAUAAUUAACACUGUUUGAUGCAUCAAUAUUAACAUCAUUCGAAUAGUUAAAUAACACUAUUUCAUGAAUCAAAUAGGAAAUAGGAUUAAAGAAAUAUCCUGAAAACGAUGACGAGCAACUGCGGUCAUUUAGAAUUUUCUGAGUAAUAAUUUUGCCUCAGGUGGAUAUAUUCACAUGUCCUUUUUAAACAGUUGAACAUAAAAUCAACUUUAUAAAUAGAUAAGAGACUAUAACGAACUAAACAAGCUACCCAACUGUCCCUUUUCCCAAAGCAAAAGAUAACAUGGUUAUAGCACCUUAAUAACCACAUUUGUGCAUUGCUUGAAUGGACAGUGUCCAAAAUAUGACCUAAAAUGAAAGGGGUCUUACAAAUAAGGAGUAUUGAAGUGGGGGGGCCUUGCCAGUUAUCUAACGGAAACAGAAGAUUUUGCUUUUAUAUGUUUUUUUUCAUCCGUCAAAUUUUCUUCCUGGCCAGCAGUCCCAUUUUAACAGAUGAUGUCGUAUCAAUAUUUGUUUUAAGGGAGAACAUUGUUUGCAUCCAUCAGCUAGUUAGAUUUGUUUCUUGUCAGCUUUCCUUCCUAGCUUGAGGGGGUGGAUGGUACCAUUAUAACAGUGACAACUGAAGUAUAUGCUACAGUUGCCUAUCCUGGUGCAGAGGUAGGUGUGUACCUAUAUCAUAUAGCAAACGUACCAAUGAGUCACUGUGACACAUUGCAUACACAUUAGUCCAUAUACUACUUUCAGAUAAAGGAAUCACCUAACAUUGAGUUUUAAAAACCUUGAUGAAGUGGAACUGCUAUGUAGCGGAAGGUGAAUAACAGUGACACAUGAUAGUGUAACAACUACACAUAAAAUAUGUUCAUGUUACAUAAUUAAGUGCCGUGAAUUCAAGUGAUUAGGUCAAUAAACUAAUCUAUUUUCAUACAGAAAGACCCUUUCCAUAAUUUCGUUGAGUCAUCCAUCCAUUAACAGGGCACCAGUGUAACUAGCCCAUGGCUCAAUCAAGCUGAUCGCAACGCUUAAUAUAAAUUUACUGAAGUUGCAGUUGCGAUCUGGCGCUGAUAAUGAAUGGUAAUAUUCCAAAAACAGUGAAAACCUGAAACUUUCUCUCUCUGUCUCUUAUAGCUUGAGAUUUAAAAUGACUAGUUAUAUCAAUAGCUACCGGUUACUGUGCUACUGUUUCUGCAAUCACUAUCAGCGUGCAAUGCCCUCUCAGUAAUGUUUGGAAUUACUAAAAGUGUAUGUCUGAAGGCACGCAAAGACCCAAAAAAGACCCUUUCUGCCACGGGUUGGCAGUUAGUUGAUUGCUCAUCAUGUUUCCAGCAGGGUUUCACACUGAGCACAGAUGUCAUGCUGUCAGAGCAGCACAGCUGGCAAUGUAUGCUAUAUUUCAAGUGAAAUUUCAUGGUAUUCAUCAAUGAUCUGUGCUCGAUGAAUUUUAUUUGUAUUAAUUUCUUUUGCACUACUAUUCAAAGUUAAAUCAAAUGCAAUUAAAUAUUUGUUGGCCAACUCAUUUUGGGGCCAAGUUUCAGGGGUGAAAUGGGUGCACUCUAAAUUAAAUGAAAUGUUAGGCCAGGCCUAGAAAUUAUAGCCUACUUGAUAGGUUCAUUUGUGACUGUGCCUCCCAAACCCCAGUCAGAUAUUAAUGUUGGCACUUUAUUCAAAGUAGUAAGGGAAUCAAUGUAACGACAUAAUAAGAAAAAGCGGAGUAUUUUUGCUCCCAAUAAUGUUCGUGAAUGAUGGUUGUCUACAUAAUUAUACAGCACCAGUCAAAAGUUUGGACACACAUUACUCAUGAGUGUGUCCAAACCUUUGACUUCUACUGUAUGUCUAUGACAGCCGGAAACCUACAGAAACUGUGAUGGCUUUGUCCAUAUUUUAUGUAAAAUAAAAUGUACUGAGUGUUGAGUGGACAAUACUGGUGACCAGUUAGUAAAUAGUAUGCUAUACAUGCAUCCCAAAUAGAACCCGAUUUAGGAGGAUUCAUAGGGAUUUUAGAACCCAAUGUAUUUUGGUACUAAGCCUGUCUUCACUAUGAAACAACUCAGUUUCUGAAGGACUUUAUGACGGUUCUUCAGUUUAAAAAACCUGUUCAGAUUUCAGCUGGACGGGAGACUUUGAAAAUAAUUUAUCAGUAAUUAAAUAUUUAUUUUUGUCAUGUUGCCAAGGGCAUUCUUGUUGCUUAAAAUUCCUGUUUAGCUAAUUCUCACCUUUUACCUUUCCUGUUCUCAACACUGUGUGAAAUAAUGUUUGAUGUAUAUUGCUGUUUUUAGGACUUCUUGGAACCAGUCCCUCUAGCACUGUAAAAUAGCUGGCCACAUAGCUGCAGGAAGUAGGGGUGCCGUAGGCCCCGUCGUUGCCUCUGUAUCCCCUGACGAGCCAUGAAGCACAACAUAUAGGGUUUUAAAGUAUGUCUAGAAUAGAAUAUAAAUUAUGGUGCAAUAGUGUGAUUUAGUUAGAAUAGCUGUGACUGAUAUACCAACGACUGAAUACCAAUGUUAGGUACAUCUAAUCAUGUGCCAUCAAUGAUUAAUGUAUGGACAAUUGUAUGUUUUAUGUACUAUGCAUAUCUAAUCGUUUUCAUAGAACACUUAGUCACAAGAUGUGCAUAGCAUAGAUUUCCUUAAAAGGCCAAGCAAACUACACAUUUCAACCAUGAACAUUUGAAGCAAAUGCCACAUAUAUGAUGGACGACCUAAGUAUUGCUUAUUUCUUCAUUUCUAAAACAAUACCAGCUAUUAAAAAGUUGUGGUAAAAUAAAUGAAAUUUCAUUAGUUAUUGACUGUCAACCACAAUGUAUUUCUUUUUUUUUUUACAUGACAAACUUGUAAAUAUAAAAACCAUACAGGUUGUUUUGAUAAUAAACCACUUUAAUUGAUGUAAAUAAAUGAACACUAUUGAAGUUA